CAGCCCUGCUACUUUUACUGAAAUAUCUUCGAAAGAGCAGGCUACGUGAGGAAAAGCGAGUGAGUGACUGACUAAUGAAUCGUUAACUGUGAGCAUUCUUGUGGGACCACAAUCAUGCGUAAUUGUCAAGGUCAUUGAUUGCCAUUGGUGGAUUUCUCGGAGCGUAUAGGCCUAAGUGCAUCACAUUUAUAAGAACAAACAGUGACCCGUCAUUUUUAGGGGUAGGCUAUUUCUCUGCUCCCUCAGGCGGGGUUUCCUUCCUAUGUUUACCUUUAGGCCUUUGUAAUGGGUUUUCAAGUUGGCAAUAUUCAAUGCUUUUAAAGCCAUAUAGACUAUCCUCGUGCAGCUCAAGUUGCCAUUCCCUACCUCUAGAAAUCAAGAUAGGAUGGAUUCUUAUUAUGGACAAACUAUUUUGAUUUUCAUCGUGUUAAUUUCGUUUUGUGCUGGAUUUGGGCAUAGCUGUGCUUGCUCAAGUAAUAUAAAACAUUGUGCAAACAUCUACCAAAUACCAGCGGACUUUCAAACAGCUCAAGAGAAUUGCAGAGAACGGGGCGGCCAAUUAUCCAUCCAACCGAAUGCAUCUGAUACAGUUUUCGGCUUUCUUCUUGAUAACAUGAUCGGAGAGUUUUGGAUAGGACAACAUUUUCCAAAGGAUACGUGCUCAAGUAAUACGAGCGCAUUACGCGAAAGAGAAAUGGCGACGGAGUUGACGAACUUGGAGAGCGCAGAAACGGCGUGCGUUCCUCUCUGCGUGUCUGUCUCCAGCGACAGAACAUUGACUGUGAAACCAUGCGCAGAAAAGCUGGAUGGAUUUCUGUGUGAGGACCCUCAGGGGGAUCUCUGCAAAGGAAGCGUGGUCAUCCUGGACAACGCGCAAUGUAUGUAUGCACCCUGUGAACAUACAUGUAUUCCUAUGGGAACCGGAUACAGGUGUUCGUGUCGUGAGCGAUUCCGUCCUAAUGUUCGGGAUCCACGCCGCUGUGACUUCUAUUGCACAACAUCAGUUUGCGAAGCGCUAUGUAUGAAAAGCGGACUGGCGUGUUGGUGCCCGGAUGGCUUUGUUAGAAGCGAACAAACCUGCGAAGAUAUAGAUGAAUGUGAAUCAAAUAAUGACUGCGCUCAUAAGUGUAUAAAUACGAUAGGGAGUUAUAGAUGUGAUUGCUUUCAGCCCUUUAUCCUCGUUAAUGGAAGUCAAUGCGUUCUCGAUCUUAUAUUUAGUGGUCAAGUAAUCACAACACCGUACCCUAAUUAUAUAGCACGGGGGAGCAUGUCGACCCCAGGAGAAUAUGUUGGGCUGAUAAUAUUCUUUGUAGCAGCUGCUUUUGCUCUAUUAGUACUUGUGCUAUAUUUGCGGGGUCGUAAAGCAACUGUACAGGAAUGCAAUCCACCAGAUUAUGACGAGUUUCAAGGAAAUGUAUCCAAGUGAAUGAUAACUGCUUCAUAACCGUGUUUUCUUUUUUAAGUUGAUAGUAAUGUCUUUGUGUAGCUAUACGUCCUUUGUGACUCUACACAUUCUCUGAAGGAUGAAGGUUCUCAAUUACAUUGAAACUCUGGUCCUAUUCUAAAUUGGAAAUGUUAAAAUAAAAAUGGGUUGAAGCAAAUUGUUCUUGAAAACAAUCUGUUUGGUGCCCAGUAAGGUCCAUUAUAUGGAGAAAAAUCCUGGAAUGUUUUCAUCAAAAACCUUAAUUUCUUCUCGAUUGAAGAAACAAUGAC